AUGGAUGAAACCGGGUGCCCGACCGUGCCAACCAAACCUGUCAAAACCAUCGCGCGCAAAGGACAAAAGCAGGUCGGCUCAUCAACAUCUGCCGAAAAAGGCACCAAUGUGUCUUUGGCUUUGGCCGUCAGCGCUAGUGGCCAGUCUAUACCGCCAUUCUUCCUCUUUCCCCGAGUCAACAUGAAAGAGAUUUUUAUGACUCAUGCGAGUCAUGGCGCUCACACCGGUGCUAAUACCGAUUCGCCAACCAUGUUGCUGCUGGACAACUACGGUUCGCAUUUAUCGAUCGAGGCGAUAGAUUUGGCGUUGGAUCAUGGCAUCACGUUGCUGUCUUUUCCGCCGAAAUACACGCGCAAAAUGCAGCCGCUAGAUGUUGCGGUAUUUGCACCAUUUAAAGGCAUGAUGACCGUGAAGCAUGAUGCAUGGAAAAAGUCCAACAUUGGUGUCACUUUCGAUCUGCAUCAUGUGCCGCUCCUUGUCGAUCAGUGCCUCGAUGUUAUGUUAACGCCGAAAACCAUCAAAUCCGGCUUCCGAACAACUGGCAUCUACCCGUUCAACCCGCAAAUUUUCACCGAAGUUGACUUUGUCGCUUCGGAACCGAGCGGCGAAAAUUUGUUCGGUGACGAAGAGAAAGACGCCGACAAUCAACGUCGAGUUCUUGCCUCUGGUGAUGCCAUUGUGACUGCUGUGAAUGAGGAGGUGUCAACGUCGGAGGCAUCGACAAGUGCCCCAGCUUCAACAAGUGGUGCUGCAUCAUCGUCGUUGUUGUCUCUCUGUUUCGGCUCCACAGCUCCGUGA